AAGUCAUCGGAGAGCGCGAACAGUAGAGUGCCCAUCCGCAGUUUUGUGUGAAGUUUUUACUUCUGGGUCGAUCGUCCUAAAAUACACAGUAGCUUAUCAUCAGACCUGACAGAAGAUGACAUUGCAGUGGACUGCAGUUGCAUCUUUCCUGUAUGUGGAGAUCGGCAUUCUUGUUAUCUUCUGCCUGCCGUUUAUCUCUGCUCAAAGAUGGCAUAGUAUUUUCAAAUGGAGCAUCUGGAACCAUCUUUCCCAGUUCAGGAACAAGGGAUUCCUCACCAUGAUAAUAAUCCUCAUUGUUCUGUUUCUUGAUGCCCUUCGGGAGGUGAGGAAGUAUUCUAGUGCUGACCAGACCAAAGAUGCCAAGCUGCACCCAAACAUGUUUGAUCACAUGCACAUGAAGCUGUUUCGAGCACAGAGGAACCUCUACAUAUCUGGCUUCUCACUUUUUCUGUGGCUUGUGAUGAGGAGAGUUGUCACUCUGAUUAACCAGUUGGCCGUUGCCACCAGCACCAGUGCCGCACUGCAGACUCAAACUGAAGGCGCAAACCAAGCUGCCAAGAAAUACAUGGAGGACAAUGAGCUUCUCAAACAGGCUCUUACAGAUGCUAAAGGAGGAGGAAAGAUUGACAACUCUGAAGAGAUUAAACGACUGAAGAAAGAGGUGCAACGACAGACAGAAGAACUGAAGAGCAGCAAAGAUGCCCUGAACAUUUCCAAGUCAAAUUUAGAUACCAUGAAGAAACAAACAGAAGGACUCACCAAAGAAUAUGAUCGCCUGCUUCAAGAGCACCAAGAGCUUCAGAAUCAGUUGGAUAGCAAAGAUAAAAAAGAUAUCUAGCAGAACCGAAACAUCGAACAUCGGAAAGCUGUAAGAACGUCUUCCUCCUACAUGAACUCACCUGGUAGCACUCGUAUGAAAUGAAAACGGAGUUCUCAGGUCUGAACCAUUGAUGACAUCACAUCCUGUCCGGUUACCUGCUCACAACACAUUUGAAGUAGAAGUUUGGCUACAAUCAAUAUUUUUCCUUUUCUAUGGUUAUGAUAGUUGUGAAUGCUUUAAGCGAUGCAGUACUGUAUUUCAGUCAAAUUUGUUAACACCAAUCGGAAGUCUGGUAAUACAGUAGCUACAUAAAAUUGUUGGAACCGCACAGUAGUGUAAUGAAUGUGUUAACAGGAGAGCCAAAGCCAUAGAGUGAUGCUUGUGUGUUGCGUUGAUGUGUCAUUUUCCCUCUCUCGCGAUUCUCUCCCAUAGAAUUAAACAAACUUGCUAACAUGAUUUCAAGAAGGCUGUAGUAGCCUUACAUUAAAAAAAUAAAUGUCAACCAUAUUUCCAUUCAAAAUUGACAUAAAAAUGUCACAUUUCCAAAGAUUUACAUCUGCAAUGUGCACGAGUCCAUCAGGCUGCGUUAGGAACCGUAUUUGAGAUCACAUACAUUACAGGCUACAUUAGUUAUUUUUAGGAACUUUAAUUAAGAUGAGUAGAACGGUAUACAAAUAAACAACAGGUAACAGAUAAACACAUCGUAAUGAGACAAUUUCUGGGCUGUUAAACAGUGUGAUAGCCAGCUGUUAACUUUGUUUGUUCUCAAAACUGAAGAGGUAUGUAACUUACACCUGAGUUUGUAUACCAUUAGUUGUUAGACAAAUGCUGACACCAGACCUGAAGUUUUUGCCACCAUUAAAGGUAUCAUUUAUAUAAUACAUGAGAAUAUAUAUAUAUAUAUAUAUAUAUAUAUAUAUAUAUAUAUAUAUAUAUAUAUAUAUAUAUAUAUUAAAGUCCAUUUGAGGUAGCUCUGUUUCUGUGCUAGUGAUUCCUAAACUUCUACCAGAGAACAAUGUUGGGUGAAUCUCACAAAACCCGUCAAGAUCAGGGACAUAACAAAUCAUAUUUUGCAUUUUAACUUCGUUUUCAUGACAAUUAAGCUCAAUUAUCCUAAUUGUUAGAUUUUAGAAGAAUAGGGUCGAUAGGUAAUCACAAUCCAAGUCAACAGGUUUCAAAAAGCACAAAAAGGCUGCAAAAAAGUAAUCCAUAUGACUCCAGUGUUUAAAUCCACAUCUUCUGAGGUGAUAUGAUAGGUGUGGGUAGAAAUGGAUAACUAGAUAGCGUUUUUAUCUCCUAAGAAUUCUUUUAUUAGAGAUUUGCAUACUUUGCGCAUAUCUCCACCUACUGGGCAGGGAGGAGAAUUUAUAGUAAAAAGGGACGUGAAUAUUGAUCUGUUUCUCACCCACACCUAUCAUAUCACUUCUGAAGAUAUGGAUUAAACAACUGGAGUCAUAUGAAUUACUUUUAUGCUGCCUUUAUGUGCUUCUUUUGAGCUUCAACUUUUUGGACACCGUUGACUUGCAUUGCAUUGACCUACAGAGCUGAGAUUCUUCUCAAAAUAUGUGUGUUCAGCAGAAGAAAGUCAGUCAUACACAUCUGGGAUGGCAUGAGGGUGACUAAAUUAUGAGAGAAUUUUCAUUUUUGGGUGAACUGUUCCUUUAAAGGUCCAAAAAUAGACUUAAUUUUCUUUGGGCAAAAUAUUAUACUUUUUAUUUUACUUGUGAUUUGAAGUUGAAAUGUGAUCUGGACUUGUUCUUUGUGAGGUUCACUUUGUUACUGGUUAAAACUGGAUAUUUGAUUUUACUGUUCCACCAUUGAAAAAGCCUAGUCGCAGUCAAGCAACCAAUAUUUAGCAAAUAGAAACAAAUUUAAUUCAGAUUUUAAAAGACUGUGAAGUUGUUCUGUGCUGCGAGAGAGAAAAACCAAAUGUCUGCUAAAUCUUUUGAAGGAUUGUUUUACAUUUAUCCUACUAAGAAUGAGCCGUAAGCCACUAUGUGGGUGUUCUUCAAAACCAAUCUGUAUGAACUGUUUCAAUACAUUGAUCUAUUUACAAUGCACAUGGCUUCCGCACCCUUUUCCUCUGCCUCGACUGUCUUUCAGACUCCAUGGAAAACUGACUUUCAGAUAUUGACCUAUCUAUUCCAUAUACUGAGUGGCACUUCAGAGGGAGAGGGGAAAUGCAUGAGAAUUCAUAAGAUCUUAGUUGUCAUAUCUAUGCAAUUUUUCAAAUAUUUUAUAGAUUGUAUGAUUGGGUGAUUCCUGACUUAUAGCUUACUAGAACAGGAAAUGGCAGCUUUGAAAUGUCUUAAGAAGGACUGUUUAUGUCUUUGUUAAAUUGUUACCUUUUUGUCAAAGAAUAUAUAGUUAUUUUAAUUAUCUCAUAAUUUUAAAAAUCCUAAGUGCCUCAGAUGAGUUGUUUGUUUUGCUGUGAUUGUGUUUGCCAUUUGGAUUUCACGAUUAAAACGAAAAAGUACUGAUUGUGGCUCUUUCUUG